UAGCUGAAAGUAGGUCCUGUAUUCCGCCAUUUUGGAUUGGAUUCUCGUAUUUGGUACUGAUUUUGUGACACAUAUCGGUAUUAUUAAAUAAUUAGCAAAAAUGCAGUCAAAAGAGCACUUUGUGAUAAAAGCAAAGUUAGCUGAACAAGCAGAGCGAUACGAUGACAUGGCUACUGCAAUGAAAAAGUGCGUAGAAGAGACUAGCACCAAAAAAGAAACGCUUAACAACGAGGAAAGAAAUUUGCUGUCUGUUGCUUACAAGAAUGUCGUAGGUGCUCGGAGGUCCGCCUGGAGGGUAAUAUCCAGUAUUGAACAGAAGACAGAAUCUGCUGAUAAAAAGCAACAGAUGGCAAAGGACUACAGGGAAAAGGUUGAAAAGGAACUCAAAGGAAUAUGUCAAGAUGUUUUGGAUUUGCUGGAUAAGAUUUUAAUUCCAAUGAUAAAAGAUGACCCCAAGGACAAGCAAAAGCUGGAGAGUCUGGUCUUCUACUUAAAGAUGAAGGGAGACUACUUCCGCUACCUGGCGGAAGUGAGCAGUGGACAGGAUAGGAAAGACGUCGUGGAGAAGUCGAGAGAAGCGUACCAUGAGGCGGACCUGAAGGCCGGUGACGACAUGACUCCAACACAUCCCAUCCGUCUAGGUCUAGCAUUAAAUUUUUCUGUUUUCUACUACGAAAUUAUGAAUCACCCAGAGAAAGCUUGUGAACUUGCCAAAAAAGCAUUUGAUGACGCCAUAACACAACUAGACACAUUAAAUGAAGACUCGUAUAAAGACAGUACCUUGAUAAUGCAGCUAUUGAGGGAUAAUUUAACACUUUGGACAUCAGAUGCACAAAGUGAGGAGUGCGAAGGAGGGGAUGCCCCCGAACAGCAAGCUCAGUGAAUUGAGGCGGCCAUCUUUGAAACUUGUCGAUCGGCUUGUGGCCACUGUGAGGAAGGACCUCUGCGUGGAGUGACGUCACCAGGUCGACGUCACAAACGUUGAUCGUAUAUCAUCUCAAAAACACUUUCAGCAGACAGGCUCAAUUGUCAUUUUAUUUCUGUGUACAUCAGGGUGUGUUGCUGUGUGCAUUCUAGUUAAAACAGGGGGUUGAAAAAACAUUUUUAAAAAAAGAAUUUUUUUUCUUCAUGAACGGUGAAGACUGGUGACUGUUUAAUGUUGGCAGUUUAUUGUGAAGACCUUUUUUUUUUCCUUUUUUUUUUUUUGUGGGUUAAUUAAUGAUCAUAAUUAUUAUAAGAGUCGUCUCUUUUUUUUUUCCUUGAUAAGAAAAUCCAGAAUUUUCGUUGACUUAGUAUUUUUAGGAAGACCGUUCUCGGAUUGAGCCCUGACUAUUGUUGCUGACUUUAUGUUUUUUCAAAUAUCAUUUAUAACAAUCAUCAUUUUCAUGUUGCAAAUAUGAAAGGUGGGGAAGAAAAAACAACAACAAACGGCAUGGUUUUGUGAUUUAGAACUAAUUUAACAUAUUUUUAAACUUAUGAUUUUGGAUUUCUGUCUUUUAGCAGGACAUGUUUAAUUUAAUUUAGUUUUUUUUAAUAUAUAUAUUUUUUUUCUUGGUUGUUAAUGUGAAAGUAGUUCUGUUGAUUGAUGUUUUUUCAUGUUGAGUAGAAGGACUCGCUUUGUCUUGUAUUCUAGGAAAGGAGACACAAAGAGAAAACAAAUAAUACACAGCUGACUGUUACUGCCUAUAGAUUGUUUAAUCGCUAUUGUCCUAUUCUGCAUUGUGAUUUGUCUUCUUUAGUAACGGCUAUCUGGAAAAAAAAAGUGUUGAGACGAUGUUUUGGGAGUGUAAUCUGUAAUAGCGUAAUAUGUUGCCCAUCCUACAUCGGUCAUGUUAUUACAUACCUCAUUUGAAAUCAUCGUAGCGUGGAUUGUGGUGUGCUGUGAUUGUCACGGGAACACACCAAAACGUAUAUAUAUUGGCAAAAGCUGAUGUUGUAUGUGGUAUGGCUUAGCUGUUGUUGUGUCACCUGCUGUAUAAUAUGUGAAACAUUGCCCCAUACUUUUUAAAAACAUUUUUUUAUUUCGUAUUUUUUUUUUUUUGCAAAGAAAUUCAAAUUGCUGUGGUGGGGGGUUUCUAAUUUUUAUGAUGGAAUAGGUAAGAAAAUACACAUCUAUUUAGUUUGCUCAAAUUUCGUUUUUUUUAACUUUUACAAAAAAAUUCAUGAAUUUGCCCCCCCGCCACCCCCCCCCCAGUUUUGAUGAAUUUAAUUUUUAAAAUGUUCAGAUAAAUUCAUGCUCCUUUUUUGGGUGGGGCUUUUUUGGUUUUGUUAAUAAUACAAAACUGAAGUUUGCUACAUAUGCUGUAUUAUCAAAUUAUCUUUGUGAUGACUUUAUUAAGUAGUACACUUUCCAAAUUCAGCUUGUCAAAUAUUUGUUCAUUUGCCAGUUAUCACCUUAAUACCUUGGGCAUCACAUUGCGUGUCGCAUAGUUUUGUAAAAGUUUUAAUUUCUCUAUUCUGGCAAGUAAUUUCCAAAUAGAACUUUGUUAAUUGCUACUCUUUUUUUUUUCUCAUCAUAAUCGAUAAUCUGUUUCCAUAAUGUCAUCCUGUAAUUGAUAAAGUCACUCGCUCGCCUAAAUACGUCAGACUAUGGUGUUUUCCUAGAAAUGACAGGAUAGUACAUUCUUGUAGGUUAUAGUCUUGUUUACUAAACCAUUAUUUGUGUGCCUUGUCUGGUGGGCUAAAAACAAGACAUAUAUAUCUUGCUUUUGGAAAGCCAAAAUAUUCUUUGUUAAACCUUGCUUAAUCACUGCAAAGUGAAUAUGUCUUACUAUCGUCAAUUCUAUACCGUAGAUUAUUAUUAUUAUUAUUUUUUCACACUAUUUCGGCAGUGACGGAUGCUUGCUUCUAGAAAUGCAUAAUAAACAGUAGAAUAUUGCACUCAUCUUCAAAACCUUUUUCUAUAAAAUAUGAAAUGUGUAUUUAUAAAAUGCUAAAAUUUAUUAUUUAUAGAAGAAGAAAAAAGUAGAAAAAAAAACCUAAUUAAAAAAAAAAUAGAAAAAGAGACCAGAUGAAAACUGCAUGGACUGCAGUAGAGAACGAAGUAUUAUUGAUGUUAACGAUUUGUGAUGUUACUAUUUUACUGCAAUGUUUUAAAAACAGUCUGUUAAGUCUUCUAGACCCAGUGAAUCCUUUGUCACAUGGUCAUAUUUUCUAAUGGUACUAAAGUUUGUAGUGGGCUUCUGGAAUUAUUUACAUCAUUGUCAAAGAAAAAGCGUUAACAAGUCCCAUUUACCAGUUUCAAAACCAAGAAUUUACUUCAUAACACAAAAUAAUAGAACUCGCAUUUUACCUAUUUUAAUAAAACCAUUUGUGUAUUUCAUAACUUAAGAUAAUAAAAAUUGCAUUUUACCAAUGGUUGGUUAUUGUUACAACUAUAAUGGAAUGUUAUUAAAGUGAAUGUAACAGGAACUCUGUAUUGACAAUUGUUUUGCUGUUUCUUUAUAUUUAUCUUAUGUCUUCGUGGAAUAGUCACUAUUCCAUUAUUUAUGUUCAAUAAACUUCUUACAUCGGAGAAUAAAAUGGCUUUGACAAAACUA